CCAGUAACGCAGUCACCUGCCGGCUUUUGUGUUUUCUAGGAGCGGUGCCCCUCUGUCAGGUGUGAGAGAGCUCUUCCCCUCCAUAUCCAGGCAAAUGUGCAAUACCAAAAUGUCUUCUGAUACAGAUGGUGCCUUAAGCACCUCACAAAUUCCAGCUUCGGAACAAGAGGCCCUGGUUAGACCAAAACCAUUGCUCUUGAAGUUGUUAAAGUUUGCUGGUGCACAGAAAGACACAUUCACAAUGAAAGAGGUUUUAUUCUAUCUUGGCCAAUAUAUUAUGUCAAAACAAUUAUAUGAUAAAAAGCAACAGCACAUUGUCUAUUGUUCAGAUGACCUUCUUGGAGAUCUGUUUGGGGUACCAAGCUUCUCUGUGAAAGAGCACAGGAGAUUAUAUGCAAUGAUUUCUAGAAACUUGAUAGCAGUCAAUCAACAAGAAUUUGCUAGUCCAAAUACAUCUACGAAUGAAACCAGGUGUCAGCUUGAAAUCGGAAGUGUUCAAAAGGAAUCUAUGCAAGAAUUGCAGGAAGAGAAACCAUCACCAAAUCUGAAUUCUAGACCAACUACCUCAUCUAGAAGGAGAACGCAUAGUGAAACAGAAGAAAAUUCGGAUGAACUGCCUGGUGAAAGACACAGAAAACGUCAUAAGUCAGAUAGUAUUUCCCUUACAUUUGAUGAAAGCUGUGCUUUAUGUGUCAUAAGUGAGAUAUGCUGUGAACGAAGCAGUAGCGGUGACUCAACAGAAAUCCCUUCAAGUCCGGAUAUUGAUACUGGUGUGUUAAGUGAAAAUUCAGAUGAUUCAGUUUCAGACCAAUUCAGUGUUGAGUUUGAAGUUGAGUCUAUUGAUUCAGAAGAUUAUAGUCACAAUGAAGAAGGACAAGAGCUUACAGAUGAAGAUGAUGAGAUAUACCAGGUAACUGUGUAUCAGGCAGAGGAGAGUGACACAGACUCGUUUGAUGAAGACCCUGAAAUAUCCUUAGCUGACUAUUAAUGUACCUCCUGUGAUAAAAUGAACCCUCCACUUCCACCCCAUUGCCACAGAUGCUGGGCUUUGCGAGAGAAUUGGCUUCCUGAGGAGAAACGUGAAGUGUUGGAUAAAGGCAAACUAGAAAGUCCCACACAAGGGGAAGAAGAGGGUUUUGAUGUUCCAGAUUGUAAGAAAAAUAAAACGAAUGACUCUCAAGAUUCAUGUGUUGAGGAAAGUGAUGAAAAAAUAGUACAGACAUCAGACUCCCAAGAAAGUGAGGAUUAUUCCCAGCCAUCAACAUCUAAAAGUAUCAUCUGUAGUAGUCAGGAAGAUGCUGGAGAAUUUGAGAGAGAAGAAGCACAAGAUAAAGAAAAAAGUAUGGAAUCUAUUCUUCCCCCUAGUACAGUAGAGCCCUGUGUCAUCUGUCAGAGUCGACCUAAAAAUGGUUGCAUUGUCCAUGGAAGGACGGGACAUCUCAUGGCAUGUUUUACAUGUGCGAAAAAACUGAAAAAGAGAAAUAAGCCUUGUCCCGUGUGUAGGCAGCCCAUUCAAAUGAUUGUGUUAACUUAUUUUCUCUAAAUGUAUUUACUAAAAGUGGAACUAUGGAACCCUCUGUAUGGAAACUCUUCAGAAUGUUCACACACGGCUUGUGAAAUUUAUUUAAAAUUUUAUUUUUGUACAUUUUUUUCUGAGAAAAUGAAUAUUUUAAUCCAUCUUAGUUAUCUCUAGUGCAAUUUGCUUUUUGGAAGGAAUUUUUUUAUUCUCUUCCUUUGGGGAAAAAGAAAUAUUUUGGUUACUAUUUUUUUCCAUUUUUGCUUUAUUUUUAUUAGUUUUCAUUUGUAUUACUUCAUAGAGGCAGCAGGGUAUAGUGGAUGGAGUUAAGUUCAGGUACCACAUUGGACACUUAAAACUUAUUUGACCCAGGAUGAAUCACUUAACCUCUUUGUGCCUUAGUCAAUUCCCAAGACUUACUUGCUAAGUCAGAUAAUUUGGGACUAAGUCAUAGACACUUGUAUUGGGUAUGUUGAAACUAUAGAUGCUUUAUUGUUUGCUUCCAUUGAGAAUUAGUAGUUAUUUUGAAGAUUGACUGUUUCUGUUUGUUAAAUAGUUCCCUGUCUUCUCUAGUUGGGGAAUGUGAGAUUUUUUUGAAAAAUUCAUGUAAAUAGUAAAUUUAAUAAAUAUUAUUUAAGUUUAA